GUUAAAGGCCUCCCCUUUAUCUUUUUCCAUCCCCACUUCCCAUGCACCCAAAUCCCCUCCACCCCACAAAAGAAAAAGAAGCUUACAGGCUAAGUAAUUUAGCCCUGAAAAACCCACAAAAAAACUCCUCUUUUUCCUACCCCUAACGCCUCUCUGCAACUCCUCUCCAUGUCCAUGUAAAAGAAUUUCGGCUAAGCUUUCAGAAGAAGACAUGGUUUUUACCACAGUUCCCCUUUACAUAGACCCACCCAAUUGGCCUCAGCAAGAACAAGAAGGAGGCCAAGAAGGAACGGCCAUCGGCAUCGGCACAGUUUCUGUGCCAGCUUCCGCGGCCACAGCUGGAAGGGCUCGUGGGGCAAGGCCACCAGCUUCCGAGGCCACUGCACUGCGCUGCCCACGGUGCGACUCGACUAAUACCAAAUUCUGCUACUACAACAAUUACAGCCUCUCACAGCCCCGCCACUUCUGCAAAACAUGCAGGCGCUACUGGACUCGUGGCGGAGCCCUGCGCAACGUCCCAGUUGGCGGCGGCUGCAGAAAGAAUAAGAGAACAAAAAACAACUCAAGCAAUAGCGGCAGCUCGGCGUCCAGCUCAAGGCCCUCUCCACAGUUAGACCACCACAGCGCAGUCACUACUGAACAACUGGGUUUCCCGAUGGCCAUUCCAGAGUUCAUGAAUGCGAACCGACAAGCUAGUGGACGUGAUUUCUCUACAACUCCAGUUGAGUUGUUGGACAUGGUAGAUUUUAGGGUCCAGGCAGGUCAGUUAGGGCAACACAAUUUUCUAGGGUUUGGGCAAGGUGAGGGGCUGGUGGGGUUACAGCAACAGGGAUUUUAUGGGUUGGAAGGUGGGGAGCAGGGUUAUGUGGGCGCAAGUGGGCUCAGGAUCAGAAACCCACUUGAAGAUGUGGAGAAUGGUUUCAUGGGUGCGAGUGGAUUCAGGGGGAGGAACACAGGUAACAUACCCCAGGCGGCGGUGAAAUUGGAGGACGGACGGAGUUUGGGGCUUGUGGCAGCAGGUUUAGGUGUUCAGAGGCCGGAUUCCGGCAGCGGAGAACAGUACUGGAAUCCAUGGACUGAUCUUUCUGGCUUCACAUCAAGCACAGGGCCUUUGUUGUGAUCAUCUUAUUCUAUUUGAAAAGUAAAAAGGAAAACAACAGAAGAAGAAGAAAGGGGGAGAAGAAGACCAUUAAUUCUUGUUUUCUUGUCGUUGUUUUAUUUUUGUUUCAUUGAGUUAUUGAGUGUAAUUGUAAAGCAUGGAAAGCGUCUUUUGUUUUAUUGAUAGUUUGGUUCCUUCUCCAUCGUCAUUUUCUCUCUUCUUAGUUGUGGCAUUUAUUUAGGGUUUUGUGUUUUUUACUCGUGCAGUAGAAGCCUAAUUUUUUUUCAGAAGUCACUUUUGCAGAUGAGUGUUGUGUAUAUGAUGGAUUGAAUCAUUUACUGGAUAUUCUCUUCUUUU